GACAGGACUUAAAAACGAAAAUGAAGCACCAACAGGUGGUACCGGACUAUGUGGCCAUGGUGAAAACAUCCGGGACGUGUCUCUGUUUGGUGUUUUCCGGCUGGGUGCUGUUCAAGCUUGUCCAGGCCAUCUUCUGGCUGCCGGGCUAUCUGGAGAAGAACCAGGGUCGGCUCUACGAACGGGUGGAGCUGCGAUCGGGUGUUUCGGUACGUGGCGGAGACGAAGCGGAUAGAAGCACAGGCGAAGAAAAACGAUCAACCGUUGAAGAUGAUCGCGAUUAUGAGGAGAAAGAAAGUAUGCAGAGUUUGGAGGAGAAAGGCGAGAACGAUGCAAUCGAGUGUGAGACUGAUAGCAAGAAGGACAAGUAA